AGGUGCUGCCGGUGAUGGGAACCCCGCACAAAUCCCUGAUGGGAGCCGGGCAGGGCUGAGCUGGGAUGGGCACAGGGACACUGAGGGCGCACCUGGAAUGCUGCAGGAGGAGAGCGCGGGCUGCGGGAUCGCCGGGAUUUCCUCAGCUGCUUCCACGGCUGGGGUUAAUUAAUGACUCAUUAAAGCCCCUCCCCGAGGCUUUGCCGUCGUCGGGACUCGGGGCGCAGCAUUCCCAGAGGGACCUGGGGAGACCUUGGGGCUCCCGGGGCCUGAAGGAGUUUCAGGUGAGCCGGAGAGGGGUUGGGGACAAGGGAUGGAGGGACAGGACCCUGCCGGAGGGAUGGACGGACGGGAUUUUGGGAAGGAAUUCCCAGAGAAGCUGUGGCUGCCCCUGGAUCCCGGGAAUUUUCAGAGCCGGGUUUGGAGCGGCCCCAUCCCGCUGCUGCUCCGCAAUUCCGAGCUUUGGAUCCUUCUCCGGCUCCGUCCCCUCGCCACAAUCCCCCAAAAAACUCCCCAAAAACCCCUCGGGGCAUUCCCCACCUUUGCGUGCCAUUAACCGCAACCCCGGGCUGGAAUUGCCGAGCCCGGAGCUGCCCCGGCAGCCGCAGGGACCUGUCCCUGCUUUCUGCAGCACUUCCUUAAAUAAUCUGCUUUCCCCAACACUUAACCUCGGGAUCCUCCCCUUGGAACGCGGGCGAGUCUGGCGCGCACUCGCCGGACCACCCUGGGAAGCAAAUCCCGAUAAUUUAUGGAGAGGCUCAGCUGAGAACAGCCCUGGUGGGUUUUUUUUUUGUUGUUGUUGUUGGUUUUGUUGUUUUGUUUUUUUUUUUCCUUUCUGUCCUGACUAUAAAUUUUUUCACGGAGUUUACAGAACACCAGCAGAAGCUGGCGACGCCAGGGAGGCUUUCAGAACCUGCCUGGGCGUCGGGAUCAAAGCAGCAGCGAUCCCCUUCCUCACCGGGGGCGCGGGGAACGUCCAGGGGCCCCCAGGAUCCCAGAGCCAGCCCAGGAAUGUCAAGCGGGGCUAAGUGCUCGCCCCAGCGGCACUGCCGGACAAAAGGCGACACUUGGGGACAUUAAAUCGCUCAGGGACAGUCAAGGACUCUUCAAAGCGGCUGCGAAUUGUGUGGCCAAGCUGGGAAACACGAGGCACAGGCUCCUGCUGGCCCGGGCGCGC